UUUCAAUUCUUUUAUUUUUUUCAAAACUUGUACUUUAUGUUAUUUUGGCCCCAAUUCAUUUGUCCUUAGCAAAAGGAACAAGCCCUAGACGGUUAAACUGAAAAUCAGAAUCGAUUGUUUAAGAUAAUAAGCAAUCAAAUCCACCUAAUUGAGGCGGAUUUGUUUAUGUAAUUCACCUUAAUUAUCGAUAAAGGCUUUUGAAUAUUUGCUCGAGUGAUUGUGUAUUAUAAUAUUAUGAGAUUCAAAAUAGGGGAUAAAGUGGAGGUUUUGAACAAUAAGGAGUGGCCAAUUUCAUGGCGUGCCGGGAAGGUUUUAUCUAUCAGCGGCCAUAAACAUCUCGUACAGUAUGAUUCGAAUCCCGAUUCGCCUAGGAGCCAAAUUAUGGAGAUGGUUUCAAGUAAGUUUAUGAGGCCACAACCUCCUUUAGUUGAAGGUGCCGAAAGCUAUGCUGCUGGUGAUAUUGUGGAGGUGUUUUAUCAAGAUUCUUGGAAGCUUGGUGUUGUUUUGGAUACUUUGGGAUGUCAAAGUGAAAUUAAAAGAAAUAGGAAAAUUCGGCAAAUGCAGUUUCUAGUUAGGAUAUUUGGGUGCUCACGGGAUUUAGCUAUUGACAGCUCGGAUAUCAGGACAAGACAAACCUGGCUUGGUGAGAAGUGGAUUCUGAUGGGAAAGGGUUCUCAAUUAGGGGACAACAUCAUAACUAGCCGACCACUGACAUCAUCAAACUACUUCCGAAGCAAUCGACUGAAAAGGCAUCUGUCGACUGUCCAAGGCAACACUUCCUUGCUUUUCGAAGCACAAAACGGGCCCCCGCAAAAAUUUAAAAAGAUCGAGAAAGAAGGCCAAAAGUAUCAAGCAAACGUAAUAUCAAACGAAUUUACUGAAAGACGAAAAAACCAUGUGCUCGGCUUUUCCUCGUUCAAAGGCUCUGAUUUGAAUACUUCAGACAUCGAUGCUUGUUCGGUUGGGAGUUGUAGUAUCGUCUCAAACAGUUUCAAAAACUCGUACAGUCAUUUUCUAUCUACAAAUGGCCAAGAAGCAGAGACGCUUAUUAGUGAUGCUGAGUCUUUUUAUGGGUCAGGCUCGGGGAGAAAAAUCUUUCUCUCUCAUCCUCCAGACGAGGAUUUUGAGGUUAGUGUAAGAGAGUUAGAGUUGCAUGCUUAUCGUAGCACGUUGAGAGCUUUGCAUGCUUCUGGUCCCUUGAGUUGGGAACAGGAGGCCAUGUUGACAAAUCUUCGUAUUAUGCUCCGUAUUUCGAAUGACGAGCAUUUGAAUGAGCUGAAGCACCUAAUUUCCACUGAUAUGGCUGUUAGUGUUAGAUAAGAGUGAAAAUAAGCAUUAUCAUGACAGAAUUGGGAUAACUGUGUAACUUUUUGUAUCUUAUCUGUGCAGACUGUUUGUAUCUUUUAACUAAGGAUACAUGUUGAAUUCUUGUUCAUUAACAGAAUGCAGGAAAAUUUUCUUCUACUGUUUGUUUUUUAGCUUUUAGUGCUUUUUAUAAGCAUUGAUCACCAUUCUAUUAAACUUUUGGCAGCACUUGUGUUAACUGUUUUGAGGAUGUUUGUGGACAUACUUUGAUUCUGCACUUGAUCUUUCUGGCCUAUGCAAUUUAAGGCAAUGAAUCAUGUGCUUCCAAUAGUUAAAACGAAAGAUGAUGCCAGGCCAGGUUUGGUGCCUUGUCGUCCCUUGAACUCGCAAUGUUUUCUGAUUUGAGUUGUUAAACAAGUGAUAAAAGUUCGGGUGCAAAUACUUCAAAUUCUCAAUUGUUUCGUGUUUUCUAUAGUUCUCAAACAAGUAAUAAAUGUUCGUGUUCAAAUACUUGGAAUUUUCAACUCUUACGUGUGCACUUGAGCUGUUUAACCCAGGUGACAAAAAGUUCGGGUUCAAAAUCUUCAAAUUCAAUACUCGUGUGUUCUUGAGUUGUUAAACAUGAUGUGCUCUCGCACCUCGAACCGGCUCUCCACUGAUCCUCGACCGCCUGCUCUCCGGAGACCUGCAAAGACGUCGGGAGGUGUUACCAACGUUAAACCUCUGACGCAAGUCAGUAAAGGAUAGAGGAAAGUUGAUCUCGGCUUAAUGAGCUCUCCGCACCUCCCAGCCCUGCUACUACUAAGGAGUGCUACUACUGUCUCAACCUCUCUCCAACCCUGGGUUUUGUGACUAGGCCGAGCUACUACU